GAGAAUAAUUAUUGAUUAAAAGACAAAAGCAAGUUGAUAAAAGAGUACCCAAGACAGAUGGAGAAGACAUGUUCUUUUAUCAAAAACAUCAAACAUACCAUACAAGCAUAAGUCUAUUUAUUCGUUAAACCAACCAACCACUACCACUUACCCCCAAUCUUCAAAACUCAACUAUAUUUCAUCACUCUUCAUCACUUCAAACCCUUUCUCUACUAUCACUCUAUUUCAAUUUUCAAUCAAUGUAAAAUAAACAACUACUACUUGUUAAUAUGAAUAUUAACUUUGCAACACAAUUUCACAGUUUCAAAUCCAAAAAAUCAAACAUAUUCUUGACCAAAAUCUACUUUGUCACCUUUGCAACUAUCCUUUGCACUUUCUUUUACCUCCUUGGUCUCUGGCACCAUUAUCCUUCCACCACCGUCAUCUCCGCCACCGGAGCUACCUCUUUAUUAUGCUUCCAGCAAAACACCACCACCACCACAACAACCACAGAAGAAAUAUCAUCAACAUCAUCAUUCGAUAAACUCGACUUCGCCGCCACUCACCAACUCCCUGAUCCACCACAAACGACGGCGCGUGUAUCACACAUCCCACCAUGUAAUCCAUCACUCUAUGAAUACACUCCAUGCGAAGAUCAAACAAGGUCAUUAACGUUUCCUAGAAACAAACUUAUAUACCGGGAGAGACAUUGUCCGUUACCGGAAGAGAUUCUCCGGUGUAGAAUUCCGGCGCCGUUUGGUUAUAAGUUACCGUUUCGGUGGCCGGAGAGUCGUGACUUUGCUUGGUAUGCGAACGUGCCGCAUAAGGAAUUGACUGUUGAAAAGAAAAACCAGAAUUGGGUCCGGUUUAAUGGGAACCGGUUCAGAUUUCCAGGUGGUGGGACCAUGUUUCCACGUGGCGCAAAUGCGUACGUUGAUGAUAUUGGGAAGUUGAUUAAUCUUAAAGAUGGAUCUAUCAGAACCGCCAUUGAUACUGGUUGUGGGGUUGCAAGUUGGGGAGCUUAUCUUCUAUCACGUGACAUAUUAACAGUGUCAUUUGCACCAAGAGAUACUCAUGAAGCACAAGUUCAAUUUGCUCUUGAAAGAGGUGUUCCUGCAUUGAUAGGAAUUAUUGCAUCAAUAAGACUUCCUUACCCUUCAAGAGCCUUUGAUAUGGCUCACUGCUCAAGGUGCCUCAUUCCAUGGGGACAGUAUGAUGGAAUUUAUUUGACUGAAGUUGAUAGAGUCCUACGUCCUGGAGGAUAUUGGAUUCUGUCAGGGCCACCAAUAAACUGGGAAAGACACUGGAAAGGAUGGGAAAGGACUCAGGAAAGUCUCAAUGAUGAACAAGAUGCAAUUGAGAAUGUAGCAAAAAGUCUAUGCUGGAAAAAAUUGAUACAAAAAGGUGACCUUGCAAUAUGGCAGAAACCAACCAAUCAUAUGCAUUGCAAAAUUAAAAGAAAGAUUUUCAAGACUAGACCCUUCUGUCAGGAGGCACAGGAUCCAGAUAUGGCUUGGUACACUAAACUAGAUACAUGCUUAACCAAACUGCCAGAAGUAGACAACAUCAAAGAAGUUGCAGGUGGAGAAUUAUCAAAGUGGCCAAAGAGAUUAACUUCAAUUCCCCCAAGGAUUAGUAGCCAAAGUUUGAAUGGUAUAACAUCAGAGAUAUUCAAUGAAAAUAAUGAGUUAUGGAAAAAGAGAGUGGCAUACUAUAAGACCCUAGACCCUCAACUAGCAGAGAGUGGAAGAUAUAGAAAUCUUCUUGAUAUGAAUUCUUACUUAGGAGGAUUUGCAGCUGCACUAGUUGAUGAUCCCGUGUGGGUUAUGAACAUUGUUCCUGUUGAAGCUGAAAUCAAUACCCUUGGUGUCAUAUAUGAACGUGGACUCAUUGGAACCUAUCAAAAUUGGUGUGAAGCCAUGUCCACUUAUCCACGAACUUAUGACUUCAUACAUGGUGAUUCAGUUUUCAGACCCUACCAAAACAGAUGUAGUAUGGAGAACAUUCUUCUAGAGAUGGACCGGAUUUUGCGGCCACAAGGUAGCGUAAUUUUGCGCGACGACGUAGAUGUGUUGACAAAGGUGAAGAGUAUUGCAGAUGAAAUGCAGUGGGAUGCAAAAAUUACAGACCAUGAAGAUGGACCUUACGAAAGAGAAAAGAUACUUGUAGCAGUCAAGCAAUACUGGACAGCUCCAGCAAUAGAGGAAAACUAACACAACAAGUAUUAGUUCGUUUUGUUUAUGUCAAAACUUUCAUAGGAAUUCAAUUCUUUCAAACAUCAAUAUGUGUAUGUGGUAAUAAGAGAAAUUUUGUUCAUUAAGUUAUGGCUCCUUAACA